GGUGAUGUCAUAGCAGCGCGACGACAGGAAGUAAGCUCCUGGGCUGCGGUGCUGCGCGGAGUCCCGAGGUCCUGAGUCUGACAGCAUCGCGAUCUCCUCUCCCAUCUUUCUUCUCGCCGCCAUGGAUGAUUCCUGCGAGUCGCCCACGGAAAAAGGUGGAGAGACAGGGGAGUCAGAUGAGACGGCCGCUGCUCCUGGAGGCCCGGGGGUUACUGACGCGGACGGAAUCCCGGAGGAAACUGACGGAGACGCAGAUGGGGAAUUGAAAGAGGCCUCGGCUGAAGAAGGCGAGCUCAAGAGUCAGGAUAUCUCAGAUUUAACAGCAGUUGAAAGGGAAGACUCAUCAUUACUUACUCCUGCAGCCAAAAAACUGAAAAUAGAUACCAAAGAAAAGAAAGAGAAGAAGCAGAAAGUGGAUGAAGAUGAGAUUCAAAAGAUGCAAAUCCUGGUUUCUUCUUUUUCUGAGGAGCAGCUGAACCGUUAUGAAAUGUAUCGCCGGUCAGCUUUCCCUAAGGCAGCCAUUAAAAGGCUGAUCCAGUCCAUCACUGGUACCUCUGUGUCUCAGAAUGUUGUUAUUGCUAUGUCUGGUAUUUCCAAAGUUUUCGUCGGGGAGGUGGUAGAAGAAGCACUGGAUGUGUGUGAGAAGUGGGGAGAAAUGCCACCGCUACAACCCAAACAUAUGAGGGAGGCUGUUCGGAGGCUGAAGUCGAAGGGGCAAAUUCCCAACUCGAAGCACAAAAAAAUCAUCUUCUUCUAAACCACAGUCUAGAAGGGCCUGGUACUGAAGGAAGAAGUACUCAUUCCAGACUUUCUAUUGCAUGAGACUGUCUGCACUGGUGCUUUAGUAUCUCAGUCCUCGAAGGAUUCCAUGAUGCUUUAAUCUCUUCCUCAAAACUCUCAUAUUCAUUAUACCUUGAAGGCAUGCAGCCUGUUUCAUACUUGCCUUGACUAAAUAUUGGGACCUCUGAGGGCAUUCUGAGGCAUUUAACUAUUACUGGAUAGUUGGAAGAAGAAAGGUUGAUGAACCUUAAGCAUCUUCUGGACAGGAAUGCUGCUUUCAGAAAGAAAACCCUUCCAAGACGGUUUGACGGUUUCACAUUGAAGCCUGAAGUUGCAAUGACUUAGGUUGUUUCUUACAUUUGGUUUUAAGUAAAUGAAACAAUCAGAAACUUUUGACUUGUGAUACUCUACCAUGAAGGACACGGUGACAGCAGGAGUAGUGGAAUAGUCUGUCCUUGUAAACAUUUUGGUGAGUGAUCAUUAAACUGUUUUCCAACUUGC